CUCAUCAAGAAAAGGACCUCAAGUUGCAUAUCUGCCUUGAAGUCCCAAAUAUUGGCCAGCUUGACACUGUCAAGCCCAAUCAGCAACGGGAUUUUUACCACGCUUUCGCGCCAGAUCUUCUCGUUUCUUGAAAUGCGCUAUUCCCCACACCAAACGCAACGCGCGUCAUGCAUAAGGUCACUGAACCAAACAGGUUUAUGAAUUACUAUGACGGACAUCACGGCAGAUCAGGGGCCAAACGGGCUGGGCCGAUCCAGGGCAACCGAUUCUAGUACAUUGUACAAGUCCACAUAGUAUAAAGUCUACCAAAGCAGCAGGAGCUGCCAAGCAUGCCAAUCUUCCAAAUUCACUUUCUAAGCCUCACCUGCAGAUUAAAACCUCACACGAAAAUACAUUCUUUUCCCACCUAUUAUAGAACAUCCUAUAUCAUCAUGGCACGCCACCAUCGUCACGAAAACCACCGUGGAUACCACCACGAAAAGAAAGAUCAUGGCUCUUCUACCCACGAGACUUCCAGUACCGGUACUGACAAGCGGGGUGACAAAGUCGCUGCUAGCAGCGACAAAUACGGCGUUUGGAAGGGCACACCUACCAGCUACAUCGGGCAAACGCUCCAGCAAGACAGAUCCCCACACAUCACACUCAAAUUCGACGACGGCACUGGCAAAACUGUCGAAGCCAACAUCAACGUCGCAUCUACCAGCACAGACACCGAGCUCGUAUAUUGGCUGAACCGCACAUGGUCGCACCCCGUGACCAAGACCCUGACUCCACUGUCUUCUGGCUUCCACCAGGCUACCACGACUGAUGGGACUGGCCUUUCUCUCGAUUUCCUGCGUACAACUCCUGCGCUUGUCGACUUCAGCGCUGGCCAGGUUGUCCAGGACUCAGACUCAUCUGACACCGCGAACAACAUCCUCGACCAGCUGGAGCCCAUCAUCAAGGACGCCAUCGCUGCCAAAGCUACGGUGUACGUCUUUGGUCGAGACUAUGGAACUGGUAUUGACGACGUACACAUGAACCAGGGUAACACUGGGGACUACGAAAACGCAGUUGGUGUGGACGGGGCACUGAUUUUCCACUAUCCCACCGGGGACCAGCAUUUUGAGGCUGUCUUCCUUGCAUUUGCGAGUCAAGAGGUGCCAACUGAUGAUAAAACUGGUGCUCCGGCAGCGAAUGCAAAGGCGCUGGACACGAUUGCCAAGGGUGGGAGCACUACCUCGAGCAGUUGACUUAAGGUGAAUUGAUGACUGUACUGGAACCUGCUGUAAUGAGUAUGGAAUAGAUAUUAGACAGUAGCAAAUUGACAACUUUACAGUACCA